CUCUAGCGUCAUCACAACCCGCUGACAGACAGACAUGUUUCAUCUCACAGGUGUGAUGCUCCCCUGGUGUGCUUGAUCCCGGCCCCUGCCUGAGAUCCCGGCCCCUGCCCGAGGGCCCGGCGGGACCAUGGCCGAGGUGCUGGGACAGAGGAGCCUGCUGGGCGUGGGCGUGCUGCUGGCCUGGCUGCUGCUCUUCCACCUGCUGGUCAACAUCUGGCUGCUGUGCGUGUUCACCAGCCUGCUGGUGGUGCUGGGGGGCUGGCUCGGCUCGCAGGCCGUGCUGGAGUCCAACAGCGUCAUCCACCUGGAGAGGUUCAUCCGCCUGGAACAGCUUCACCCGACGGUGGAGGAUGAGCAUCAGCUGGACCAGGAGAUACAAAACACGGUGGAGAAGAUCAUCAGGGACUUUGUCACCUCUUGGUACUCCACCGUGUCCUCGGACAGCAGUUUUGAAACAGAGGUUCAGGAAGCCAUGAUCUCCAUGGCAACAGAGCUGAAACUGCGCGCAAGGAACGUUGACAGGAAGGAACUGUUGCAGAACCUCCUGCACCUGUUGGGCGGCCACCUGCAAGAUUACCUCCGAGCCAAGGAGCUGGUGACGAAGGGCCGCAGCGGCGACGGCCAGCAGCUGUGGAGGGCGUAUUCCAGCAUCACCGCGCCUCACUUUGCCACCAGCAGCGAGGCGGUGGAAGUCAACCACGUCAGAGCCAUCGUCGAUGUGUUGCUGCAUGUGUUGGUGCCCGCGCCUCAUUUAGAAACCCGCACCGGACGCUUUGUGGUCGGGGAGCUCGUCACCUGCAACGUCCUGCUCCCUCUCGUUGACAGACUGUCCGAUCCGGACUGGUUAAACCUCCUCCUGAUUGAAAUAUUUGCCAAGUCCGGGUCACUUCAGGAGAAGACGGCAUCGGAGACGGUGAAUUCUUCCCAGCCAACGUCUGCUGCGGAGUUAAAGCAGGACAUGACCGCUCCACCACCUCCACAGGGAGCAAAUACACCUCCAACCGAUGGCAAAGCUCUCCAAAACACUGAAACUGAACCGGACAACGAUGCAGAUGUAGGGUUGCCUGAGGUUGCUUACGAUGCCAUUGACUCAGAAGAGACGGACUGCCAACAGAAUCUGAUUGAAGAAGAUGAAACUAGCCGGCCCUUUUUAAGGCGUUACAUGAGAAAGUCGAACCCAUUUUACCAGGAAAGUGACUCUGACUUGGAUUCUCCUUUGACUGACUAUAAACCCAGUUCCACUGAUUCUUUGCUCAUGGCGGCUCAAGAGGAGAGUCCGUAUGACGGACAUGAAUGCGUUGAGGUGGACUUUGAUGACGUUUGUCCCGGUUCGUUGGACAGCUCCAGCCCUAAGGUCUCGCUGACCUCUGAGCUGAUGGAGAAUCCCGACGUCGGUGGCUUGUUAUCAAUGCCAGAGUACAGUAUCGGCCUUCCACCGACCACCGACCACCUUCAGGACCUGAGCAGGGACAGGGAGGGCGUUUCUCCCGCCGCCAACCCAAAGAGAGAGUUUCUCCUGACUGUCGGACAGACUGGGACGGGGAAUCACAGUGAGCUGACGGUGGGCAGUCCAAUGCAGGGCUGUUCCCCCAUGGCCACAUUCAGCUUUGAACCCCUCAGCAGUCCUGAAGGACCAGUCAUCAUCCAGAACCUCCGCAUCACUGGGACCAUCACGGCCAAGGAGCACCGAGGCACAGGCUCUCAUCCGUACACGCUUUACACCAUCAAAUACGAGACAUCAGUGGGUUGUGAGAACCCGGGAAGCUUUCAGCCUGCGUCUGAAGAUGUGGACGCGGCGCAGACGGGCUUGGAGUGUCCAUCACCCGUUCAGCCUGUAGCCUAUCACAUGGUCAACAGGCGCUACAGCGAGUUCCUCAACCUGCAAACUCGCCUGGAGGAGAAGACGGAGCUUAGGAAACUUAUCAAAGGUGUGAAAGGACCAAAGAAAAUGUUUCCAGACAUGCCUUUUGGAAACAUGGACAGUGACAAAAUAGAGGCCAGGAAAGGACUCCUGGAGACCUUCCUGAAGCAACUGUGUGCCAUCCCUGAAAUAGCCAACAGCGAGGAGAUGCAGGAGUUCCUCGCUCUCAAUACUGAUGCCAGGAUUGCCUUUGUCAAGAAACCCUUCCUGGUGUCGCGCAUAGACAAGAUAGUGGUGAAUGCCAUUGUGGACACUUUGAAGACGGCGUUUCCUCGUUCAGAACCUCAGAGCCCCACAGAUGAUAACGAGGCGGAGGUGGACGGAGGGAAAAUGUGUAUGGACAAGAAGAGCAAGUCUCGUCUGAAGCUCAGCGGUAAAGGCAUUCCCUUCAUGAAUGGCACCGAUGUAAGACCACCCGUCUUGUUUACCUGGGACCAAACUAACAAAGUGUUUAAUGGGAUGGCUCUGGAAGAUUUACAAGCCUUUAUCAGUGAAAAGGAAAAACUGUUCAUCCUGAGAGCUGAUGGAGACGAAGAAGGUAGUACAGUUGUAAGACAACAUGGAGGCUGCGUGGAUGAUGGCGAAAGGAGAAGUCAGGAGCAAGAUGAGAUGGCGCUGGCUGACGUGGCUCUGAGUGUCCUGCGUCUGCUGAUGAGGAACCAGUGGAGUUGGCUGUGCACUGAAAAUGUCCAGAGGGCCGUCCGGCUGCUGUUCGGGACCUUCAUCAACAGGUGGCUGGACGUGAGCGUGUCCAACCUGCUGUGCACCAGCUACUGGGUGGUGUACCUGCAGGUGAUCCAGGAGGCCGUGUGGCCGGGCGGAGCUCUGCCCAGCGCCCCCCCACCCCAGCGCAGCCAGCAGCAGAGGGACGGCACCAGACGGCAGGCCCUGCAGUCUCUGAUGAAGCUUCUACCAGACCUGGUCUCGGAUUGGUUGGGAACAGAACAGUACAAGCACAGCUGGGAGACGGCUCUGGACUCUUUUCAGGACCCUUUCAUUAACAGACACCUGGUCUUCUGUGUGUUUGAUCUCCUGCUCCACGUCCUCGUCCCUGAGCUGUCUGAGGACGACGUCCAGAUGAACCCCCUGCAUCCCCGCUGGAAGACGCCAGAGAAGCUGCCGUGGUGAGGACGGUGUUCUGGCCGGGCGUGCUGUCCCCUGUCCCCUGUCCUCUGUCCUCACUCUAAGGCCCUGGGACUCUGACUUAACUCCCUGCAGAUGUCCUCACACUCUGCUCACAUGUUUGUCCACUCAGAAGAUGUCCUCAAGUUUCAUACAAAUGUCAAGUUUCCAAAUGUCAAGUUACAUACAAAUGUCCUCAUGUUACAUACAAAUGUCCUCAAGUUUCAUCCAAAUGUUUGAGUUCACAAAUCGAGGACAUUGGGAUUAUUUUGAAAACGUGAACAUUUGGACAGUUUUCACGUUUUUUCUUUCAGAUUUGUGUCUUCAUGAAAUCUGAUAUUUUUUGUGUUUUUCUUGAAAAGUUUUGAAUCUAAAACUGUAUGUCUUUUCUGUCUUUUUCGUGCAUUAAUAGAAUUUGAUUUCGUACAAAUUCAGCUUUCAGCUUUUCAGCUUUAAAAUUCAGCUUUAAAAUUUCAGAUUAAUUUAUUUUCGCACAUUUGUGAGUGUAUGAAAUGUUCCCUGUUUAUUUAAACCCCCACUUUUCUGCACACGUCCCCCCUCAACCACCAAACCAGUUUCCUCUCUGACUCAUCUUGACCUUAAGCUUUAGAUUCACCAGUUCCCAGUUUUUCUUCUUCAAGUGGAACAGAUUGCAGCAUCACCGAAGAACACCUUAAGAGGGUUGAACCCCCCCCCCCAUCACGCUGGAGUUUUACUAAAUAGCCCCCCCUAAAGAGAAUUUGUGCCCUGGACCCCUGUAAAAGCUAGGAGCACCCCUGGAUGUGAUUAUGUUGUGUAAAAGUGUAACUAUCAGCCGACGGUUGGACGGGCUUUGGAACACCACCAGUUCUGAGCCGAGAUGAGCUGCAGCUGUUGGUGGAGAUGAAGAGCUGACGGCUCCAGACCUUCUGGUAGGUUCUAGAAGGAAAAGCCGUGGAUUUGAGUCAACCCUCAAGACAAAGGUCUUGAUUUGCAAAGAAACUCCGGGAUUUGGAAGCAGACUUUAGGAUUUUUGGGACGGAGGCUUUGCACCUGUGAAGAAAACGAUUGAUCCGCCCUGAAAAUGUUUGUGUCAAAAAAAGCAAAGCUUUAGAUGUGACGAGGGUUUCCAGGUUUCUCCAGGUUUCUCCAGGUUUAUCCUGGACCUGACCCAGGCCCAGCUCUCUCCAUGUUGAAGUGUUUAUCUGUGUUUAGAUGUGAAGACAUUUUCGUUGAUGACUCUGAAGGAAUUCUGUGCCACAUUCAUCAUGUGAAUAAAAAUAUGUAUAAUUUCUAUCACAACCUCA